CCUUAACUCCUCUGUUUUCUGACCGACAACACGAGAGAUUUGUGUUGGGGUUUCGGAUUUUCUUGAUAUUAAUUUCUGAUUUAAUUCGUGUAUAUCUUCGCUGUCAUCAAAUCGCAUGCCAUCGAUUGUGUCACUCAAAUUUUAAGUGACCAUUUAAUUAGCUUGCCAAAACGGAAAUCGUAUCGAAUGAUACUACCCGCUGUAAAUUGCCUAACCCCGAAAAUCAAAAUUUUUAGAGGUUAAAAGUGAUAAACCAUUGAAUCGCCGGAUUUUGAAAUAUGUCUAACUUGUUUAAAGUUUUGUAUACUCAAGUGCGUUACUACAAAGGUCAGAAACCGAAAAAAUUGUGGGCCAAGGAUGGUGUUAAAUAUGGACUCGUGACUUAUUAUCCUCGGUAUCCUGAUCACCAGGAUCCUCCAAUCACACCCACAAAACUUCUUAUGAUUCAACGUGUGAAAAGCUACAAAGGCAAUCCCUGGUGGCACAAAAAGGCUCUUGAUAUGUUGAAGCUCAAUGAUCUGAACUCAGAUAUUGCCAUUGUGAAAAAUACACCGCAAAUGUGUGCUUUCCUCUGGAAAAUCAAGCAUUUGCUAAAAGUGACACCAAUAAACACACCGGAGCAACUUCCUGACGAGACAAAGUGCAGCACUUGGCUUCAAGAGAACGGCGACCUUUUGGUGGCUCCCAAAAUCGAUCCUGCUCGAGAAGCAGCCACACAAGCUUUCAUAACGGAUCGAAAAAGAAUGGAUCGACCUUAUCUCAAUGACUGGAUGCGAAGGAGCUGGCUAAAUGGUUACAAUCAUUAAAGAAAUAUGGGUUCGAACUUACCGAACUUGCUGUACAUUAAAGAGGAGAAAAAUAAAUAGCUUUCAAUUGA